CUGGAAGGUUUCAGCGGUAGCGAUCGAUCUAGACUAUUUCACUGGAACUUAGACACACCGAGAGCCUGUUACUCUUAGUCCUGUAUACUGCCUGAGUUACAUUAAGCUGGGAAUCCGAAAGACUUCUAUUCCCUUGAAAGAGCUCUUAAGGCACUCGUUUGGGACAGGAGAGUUGAACAUCUUGUUCAAUUGAAAUGGAGGUCGACGCAUGCAUCAGGAAGGUAUGUCUAGCUCAAGUUCAGUUCAAAGUCUUCUCUAAACUCCGAUUUGCUAGUCAUUCACUUGGGUAAUCAAAGAUCACGACUGUUCGCUAUUUUUAAAGUUGGAACUGAAUUACAUACAAUUAGUAUGUACAGGUUCUAUUUAUCUCAAGGAAACUGAAAGUUCAGUUUUCGCUCACUGAAUCAAGAUGUUACGCAGAGUCUUUCAUGCAUAUUCAUAAUAAGAACAGGAUGGUGUGCUCAAGUGGGCACUUGAGUUAAACCUUUGUAAUUGCUUAACAUAAUAAUCAUAUUAAUAAUUUCAUCGCUUCCUUAAGGUGUUCAAGGUCAUUCUCUUAACAAUCCUCUGGUGUUUUGCUCUGAUUCGUGGUAUUAUUAGAAUACGUAUGCAGUAGUUGUUUAGUCUGGAGUAGUGGUAUUUUUACCUUUAAAAGACUGGAAAUGAAUGUGGGGAUUAGCAAAAAUGCCUCUAAACAUUAAAACACCAAAAUCUUGUCUCAAAUGUGAUAUAUUUUUUAACGUCACAUGCUUCAUCGUUCUGAGCUUCAGAUAUAGAAAACCAUGGUUUAUGUUUAUGGUUUAUCCCACUUCGGUUUUCCGAAAAGCUCGCGGUUAGGACGAAAGAAAAUAAAAGCCGGAAUGUUUUGCUUCACUCAAAUAAAGUUUAAAAGCGUUUGCAGUCAGCACAUAAAGAAAUGCGAGCGAAUCUACUAGUGGGACAAGUCAAUUCGAGUGGAAACCUCUUCAGUCGAACUCCCAAGUCCUCAAGUUGACACUCAUAUGUUGUUCAGUUCACUUGAACUAAUGAGAUCAAUUAAUGGCAUGAAAGCUCGCACUCGUUUCGAUCAGCGAUGUUUUUUAUUCCCCGCUAAUUCUUUCUAACCACUCCUUGCUUCAAUUAUUCGUUGAUAGUCAGGGGAAGUAAGUUUACAGAAUAUUUUGGAGCAGAUGAAAAUAUCACAUGAUAAAGGCAUGCACCUCCAUCAUGGAAUUUUCGACUGCUUUCCUUCCAAUUCACGUGCCAAUUGGGACAAAUUCUCGUCUUCAACACCUUCCAUGUAUUAAAGUCAAUUUGUAGCUUCUAAACUGUCGCAAACCACUAAGUCGUUUGACUAAAAUUAAUGACGAGACAGCCUUGCUUGCCCUCUGAGGUCUUCACAGUAAUUAUGUCGUCAACAACCUUUGAUGUUCGGUUAGGAUCUUCCCCGGGGGGUACUCCUGGGAACUUUUGGCAGGGGUGUGCCGCCCGGUUCUCCAAAUCCUGACCCUAUUUCAGACCAAGAAACGUCAUUUUCCACACCAGGUUUUAGACCUGGCUUCUGAAAUACAUUCCCGUUUUAGGCCUGGUCUCCAGGAAAUUAUGUCAUCAUUACUUAGUUUAGAACGCAAACAAAACGAUUUCUUAAGGCGCAAAAACCAUACCCUUUGGGGCGGCACAUACGUUGAUGACUUAUAUACGGGAGUACCCCCCCCCCCGGAGAUCUUCGCUUUUAGACAAUGAGAUAACUGAUCCUGUAGUUUUGAUUGGACAACUGAUUGGUGGUAUUGAUUUCCCGUGGUUCGUCAAAAACGCCGCCAAGUAUUAAAAUUACAACCUCUUCCUGACUAAUCACUUUAUAUUUUUAAAUUCUGGAUCUAAAAUUGCGGGUUACUUUUUCAUCUUGUUGAAAAGUUUUAAAGCCUAACACACCUGAAGCUGGUUUUGACACAAACCCCAGCUCGUCUCUUUAAUGUUUUGUUAACGUAUUUGCUUUAUUUUAACUAUGGAGGGAUCGCGAAAAAGAAAACAACGGGCAAGGCUAGCGGACCUCAAUGCUACGGAUUCAGAGGAUUACGACUCGUCACCCAAGCACCAUGGUUCUGAUGUAGAAAACGGAUCAAAAAACAGCAAGAAAAAACGAAGGAGGCCGCGGCUGACAGGUCUUAGCAAGCAACGACAAGCCGCGAACGCACGCGAACGAAGUAGAACUCAUAGCGUGAAUUCCGCUUUCAGCGCCCUACGGGUCCUCAUACCAACUGAACCCUCUGACAGAAAACUUUCAAAAAUAGAGACACUUCGCCUUGCUUCGAGCUACAUCGCCCAUUUGGGCUCGAUGCUUGUCAAUGGAACACAAUGUCCGAAUGUUGCUAAGGUGGCUGAACAUUCAGGGGAGAUUUCACCAUCGUCGUCCUCAAGAGUGUGUACAUUUUGUUUGAGCUUACUUAAAGCGGUAAGUGAUUCUUAGACACAAAAUUAGAGAGUCGUCUAUUCUUUUCUACAGUACCAGUGGGGAAUAAAGGGGUUAUCCCUGUGAAGGUCUCUUAAAUUGUGGCAUAAUUUGCUCAUAGUAUAAGGAACAAAAAUUGCAAUUUUGCGAUGGGCGAAACCGAAAAGAUAACUGGAAAGCUGCGCUCAUUAGCUUUUAUUUGUAGAUAUAUCGAUACAUUAUAACGUCAUUGUAAAAUAGGACUUAUGGUCUUUUUAUAGGAUUUUACCGUCAGAACAUAGCUUUAGACAGCUUGAACAGCGUUUCACAAGCACGUCAGAGAAUUUCAUCCUCUUGGCUAUAGCUUUACUCAACUAAAAGCCGUUAGAGUCAAUUUGUACAGCACAGUGAACCACGCCACAUUACUGCACGUAGUUUUCAAUUGACAGAGUGACGAGUUACGUCCCCAGACUUAAAGUUAGAAGCACCUUGAACAACUUGCCACUUGAAGCUCUUUUCCCCUACUUUAGUCUUCCCUGAAAAAAAGGCGUGGAUCUCGAAAUUAUCGGUCAUUUUCUCUAGCAUUUUCUGUGACGUAAAAUUUUCCUUUACUUCGGUCCCUGUGGGUUAAAAUAGUGUGGUGAUGAUAUCUGUAAAGGUUAAGUUAAGGACCUUAAGCGCAUCAAAAUGUUUUCAUUGCAUCGCCGGUUUUUGUAUAAAGCAAAGUGUGUUGUCAAUUGUAGCGGAUUGUUAUCAGGUUAAUCCCUUAAACCGCUCAUGAGACAGUUUUUUGCGCGCGUUAAUCUCCGUUUCGAUGCAAAACGGAAAUGAGAGUGUUCAUUUCUAGGCAAAACCUUGGCCCAAUGCUGUGUCCUGAAAUGAUGUUUCAUCGAUUCAAUAUGAGUGUAUUUCAGCAACCGAGUCUUGGGUUCUAAGAGGUGAAGCCUUUUCCACGAUAUUUUAAUAGGGUCAAUUUCCUUCGUGUUGUGCUUUAGUUAAAAAAAAAAAAAUCAACCAAACUUUGCAGCUGAAAAUUCAUUAGCGGCCACAAGUUAUAGUUGAACAAACAAAAUUGAAGAGUGGCGUGGUGCUAGUUUUACGCGAUUUUUCGAAACCUCAUGCGUUAGAGAGCUAUGCUAUAACCAUCUGAACUUGCUUUCAUUUGAAUGGACACAGUGAGAUUCAGAACGACCACCUUAGGCAUUAUAAAUGGCACCACUGUUAAGUACUGCUCAGUAGAUUUCUGAUUUAAAAGGUCACAACAUCAGAUUUCUGAUUGACCACCUUGCAAAGCACAAUAAAUGGUAGCGCAGGAUAGUGCUGCUCUGACAGUAGUAGCUUUCGUUGUAGUGGCUACACUUCAGGAUUCCAUCCACAGAAUCAAAAACAGUUAGAACCGACUUAAACCUACAAGAAAAAAGUUUAGAGGUGCCUCAGUGAUAGUAUUUUUAGAACGUUGAUUGUGGCUCGCAAGUGGUCUUUUACCAGUUGACAGAAGGGGUAGGGUUGAGAAUCACAAUCAACAAGUUAUGAUUUCACUGCAGCAAAUUCAUGCAAAAGUAUAAAUCAGAAGUUCAGUGACAUCAUAUUGCUAAUAUGCAAGUAGCUGUGAACAAGAGAAAAAUCCCAUCGGCCAAUAAAAUCAACUCUAGUUUCCAAUUGGAAAUGCCAAAAACAAAUGGUGAAAUGAGAUUGAGGCACACUGGAUGAUCGUAUCGCAGAUCCAUAAAUCGGAUAAUCUCUGUUGUUUUAUGCCAUCCUUUUGCUUUUCCGUGUAAAUCUUCAUAAAGAAAUUUGAAUCUACUUGCAUCGUGUUAUUAUUUACCGACACAUAGAUUUCAUCUACUUCAUCAGUUUAUUAAAAUGGUCACGAAGCUUCUCCGUGGUGGCUGCCUCCUGGUCAAAGGUUACUCCUUACAACACACUGAAUUCAUCAUCAUCAUCAUUAUCAUCAUCAUCAUCCUUUCGAGUCUCCUUGAGCGCUUUAUAUGGCACUAUUGUAUGAUACACGCUCCUAACUUGAGAGAGGUCUGUUCCGUUUGAGAGAACGUCUAUUCUCUUUGAGGGAACUGAUCUACUUGAAUGUUUGUCCCCUUUGCGAAGCCUGGCCGUGUUUGGGCUCCCAUAAGACCACCUUGUUCACUGGCAGAUCCUUGUACCUCACACAUUUUCCAGCCUUUUUGGAUCUGCGUGUUCUUAUUUUUUACUGUUUCUUACGAUACUUUGUAUAUUUUUUAUUUCUCCCCUUUAUCAUAUUUAGUGGUUUUUCAUUUGCAAAGUGUUUUGCUUUAAUUGAAUUUCGUGGUAUUGGUUCAGCGGCUAUAACUCUUUAGCAAGAGCAAAGAAAAGAAACAGCACUGGCUAGCGUUAAAUGCGCUCAAUCGCUUAAUAAGAAAGAUCGGUGGCUUAGAUUUCUAGUAUGAGGAUUGUAUCGUUGUCAAGACUUCACUUUACUAAUUACAGUACCCAUUCUUUUGAAUUGGCAAAUAAGACACUUUACUUCGUUACACAGAUACACGGCUCAAAUCAAUUGACUAUAACUAAGUUAGGAUAACCCCUAGGUCGUUGAUUUGGUCAAAGGCACUUCGUAUAAAUAUGAAGCAGUUUUUUGAAGAGUUAAUAAAAUGAUAGUAAUUAUUUGGAGGUAGCACAUCCGCAAAGUGGUCCUUUGUCUACCUGAUUCCUGGGCGAAUUGGAAUUUGGAAAAGUUGGUUUUUGAGGAAAGGGGGAAACCUGAGUACGAGGAGAAAAACCUCUCGGAGCGAGGAAGAGAACCACCAACAAACUCAACCCACAAAUGGCGACGACGCCCGGAUUUGAACCAGGGCCACAUUGGUGGGAGGCGACCGCUCUCACCACUGCGCCAUCCCUUGAUCCCCUUGUUUUGUCUAAUCAAGUGUUUGGCGGGUAUGAUUUUUCAGACUGCAAUUAGACUAUUGUUAUUCAUUCAAAGGUCUUUUUUCCUUUUAUAAUGUACAUUUAAUAGAAGCCGUCUGUAUAGAAGAUGAGAAAUUUUUCCGGUCAAGCAGUUAACGUCUUCAAGAUGAGAACACAUUUUUGCUUCUUCUUAAAAAAUUCUAACAGUUUUCCUUCCUUUUUUCUUCGUUUUCCUCUAUACUGACGACGUGUGUAUCUGAACCUUCAAUUUAUGAGAAAAAUUUGGUGAAAAGUCUCUUGAACUGACUUAAAAGUAGUGGAGAAAAUUCUCCCAGAGUGCCAAGUUGUGCUGUGUGUUAUUAUUUGGUAAUAAUUGCUAUCCUUCCGGACUCUUCCAUUCAGACACCACUAUCAAUCUAAUGUUUGGCAUGCCUAUAGCGUGAUGCCAGGCGGUGUUCUUUGAAAACACCAUCACGUCAACAUCAGUUCAACAUAUGUAAAAACCAUUACAGCAAAAAUUACAUGGCGAACGUCUAGCGACUGAAGCUUCCUAUCGGCUGCCAAUCACGACAUAAAAAAGCGUCCGAUUUUGUUCUCCGUCUUCCCCCGUUCAAUUUAUAGACUGAGUUAACUACGCCCUGGUUUUCCCACGUCAUUCUUCUGAAAGAACAAACACUGCUAUCUUCAGCAAUUGGACGGGAGAAAGGCAAAACGUAGGUCAUCUUGCAUGGGUUCUAAUUUCCCGCGCUUACCACAGACAGCGUGUUUUGUCACGGCUUUCGAUCGGUAGAUCUUUUAUUUGUCUUUGUUGUGAUUAGUCAGGUAAUUUUAGUUGCCGAAGACACCAAUUAUUCCAAAAUGGAACUGAAGCCAGUUCCCUGAUGUUCUUAGACUGCUUAGUUAAAUCGUGAGCUCAAAAUGAGGAGGCCAUCUUGGUUUCAUUGCUACUGGGUGGGUAUGGGUUUUUCGUCAGGGUCCGCCCCGGGUUAGGAGGUAGGAAAUUUGUUAGGGUUAAUAAGGCUACGGCCUUUUUCGGUCUUCUAGGAAACCACCUGGAAUUGUUAAAUUCCAUAAAUCUUUACUCGCGAGCAUGAAGGGUAUCGUAAAUACCAUUAAAUAUGCUUUAUUGUCAUUUCCACUUGCAAUUUCGCUUUGAUAGAUCAGUUCUGUUUCCCUCAUUUUAGGUGUCAAAAGAGGAAGGUGGAAAUAACAGAGUGCAUUCACAAGGACUGUAAUAAUUUCUGGUAGCAUUAACUGAGUCUGCUCCUCCUUAAGAGUCGCUGUUUACAUCUGUUGGCAACUUGGCGUUCACUUAGAUCUAUAAGGACCAUAUUUUAAGGUCAUGCUAACCUAUGAGUAAGCUCUCAACCCGCUGCAUGAGGUGUGGGGCAGAAAAGGGGAGCCCCUGCCUGUCCC